AUGUAAUAAAUGUUUCUUUUGCAUAUGUUGGUGGUGGUGGUGUUUCCCAAUUUUUUUUUCAUUCACGCUAUCUACCCCGGUAUAUGAUGGUUAGUUUGAUUUGAUCGUUGGAUUGUCGAUGAUCAUGAUGAUGAUGGUCAAAUGUUUGUUGGUGAUUUUUUGAUCGUGUAACUUCGACGGAAUGAAAUUCGUGAAAAUUCUUUAAUUGAAAAAAUCCAAAGAUUGUGUUACCUGUGUGUGUAUGUGUGUGUUACCUGUGUAUUCCGUGUUUGUCAUUUGAUUUUUGAACCCGACGAAAAUCCACGAUAAACCAAAAACAAAAAUGGAUAUCUGGAACGAUGAAAUUCUGGAUCAAUAUUUAAAACAUUCAACAAAUAAUUAUUUUGGUUUAAACAGUGUUAAUGGCAGUUUAUCAUCUUCAUCAUCGACAACAUCAACAUCGACUAUAUCUACAUCACCAUUAAUAAGAACAGGUGCACCAAAUAUACUUUGUACUGAAUUACCAACACAUUGGCGUCUGAAUAAAUCAUUACCAUAUACAUUUAAAGUGAUAAUAUUGAGUGAUUGUAAUGGUCAACAGAUAAAAGAUGGUACAAUCGUACAGGUAAAAGCCGGUAAUGAAGAAAAUUGUUUUGGUGAAAUACGUAAUGGUAUGGCUGUAACCAAGAAUGGUGUAGCAAAAUUUCAUGAUCUACGGUUUGUUGCCCGAUCAGGACGUGGUAAACAUUUUUCCCUGACGAUUUUGGUACAAACAAAACCAAUGUUAGUUGCAUUAUAUCAUAAAGCAAUUAAAGUAACUGUUGAUGGACCACGUGAACCACGUUCAAAAUUAUCAAUGACAAUGCCAACAACAACAAAUCAUCAAUUCCAUAAUCAAGGUAAUCAUUUUUUCCGAAAACAUUUUUUUUUUCCCGAAAAGUUUCCGAAACAUCCAGCCAAUUUUACCUGACCAAAAUCUUGGUUACUUUGCAUAU